AUGGCCAACAAUGACGACUCGCCCAACUCCAGCGUCGCCGGUGACAAGCGCAAAGCUGACGAUGGACCUUCGCAUACACGUUCGAAGCGCAACCGCUACAUCUCCAUCGCCUGCAAUGAGUGCAAGAGGCGCAAAAUCAGAUGCAAUGGACAGCAGCCAUGUCAGCGCUGCGGCAACCUCAACCUGGAGUGCGUCUAUGCGCCGAACUGCUGUACAAAUUCGUUGAAAGACUCGACCGAGUUCCAGCAGAUGCGAAACCAGAUUGAGGCACUGCAGAACCAAGUCCAUGAUCUCUUCGCCCAGAACGCUUCCACACUGGUCUCGCCUAAGCGACAGCAGCAACAAAAGACGUUGCCCCCAUUGUACGGUCCAACGAGCUCUAUGUAUGGCUUUGACAUAGCCAAAUCUUCGCUGCAGACCAUGGGCGUGACAAACAACGCAGCCGAAGAGGGCGCCAUGUCGACAGAACGAAGUCGCGCUACCUCUCCAGCUCCAAUAGCCAGCAUGCACCCACAAAAGGACCCUUUAUGGCUACUAGACAGCAACGAGGUACAAAGACUACUUCACGUCUAUGAAGAGGAGAUCGGCAUCAUGUACCCCAUCAUCGACCAUAAGAAGCUCGUCAAACAUGCCAGCAGUCUGUACAAGUUCAUUGGAGCAAGCCUACGAACUGGCUAUGGGCAGCUCAAUCUGCCCGGCGCUGACGCCUUUGACGAUGAGGAGACGGUUGUACUGAAGAUGAUGUUGGCUAUCAUCUUGGUCGUCGAGGGCAAUGGCCGCAGCGACCUGGGUCAGCGCUUCUUCGAAUCUGCUAAACCAGCCGUCGACGUCAAACUUGUCACAAGCACAGGCAUCACGUCAAUCAUCCUUCUCGUUCUGACAGCUACGUACUAUUUCCAGUGUGAUGAUGAGACACAGGCGUGGCGCUUCAUUGGUAUCGCGUCGCGAAUUUGUCUCGAGAUGGGCUUGCAUCGACGGAAUGGACUGGCAAAGCACUUCACCAACGAGGCAGAGUAUAUGCAAGCUGUUCGUGUCUUCUGGGUGGUCUACGCUCUUGACAGGAGAUGGAGCUUUGGCACGGGCAUGCCAUUCGCUUUGCAGGAUGCCGACAUCGACCAAAAUCUGCCGGAACCGGAUGAUGAAUAUCCAUACUUGAAGCACAUUACCAAGUAUAACCAAAUUGCAACAAAGAUUUGGUAUCAUAACACGGCCUAUGACAGUGGCCAGGGAACCAAAAAGGACGAGAUCGGCUUCCUCGACUACCGAAUAGUGCAGUGGUAUGAAGAGCUACCAGAUUCCCUGAAAUUCAAUAAUCGAGAUCUCAAGAGCGAGAACGCCAUGCCGAGUCGAGGAGUCCGUCGCUUGCGCAUGCUGAUGCACCUGCGGAAGAACCAAGCUCGAAUCUCAAUAUACCGCCCAAUUCUGCACUCAGCCACAAGCAUCAUGGAGAAUCGACACCAUGCACAACAGGUCGUCGACGUUGCCAAAGAGACCAUCAAUACAUUGACAGGCGUCAACCAGAUUUCUGACAUCUACAGGACACAACAGAUGUUGUUCAACUACUUCCUCGUGCAAGCCCUGGCUGUGCUCUUCCUUUCGGUCGCACAUGCCCCCGCAGUAUUCUGCAAUCAGACUCGACAGGAGUUCUACGCUGCCAUUGAGCUCGUCAAGGGCUUCAGUACAAAGUCACACGUGUCAAAGCGUCUUUGGCGGACGAUUCGUGGUCUGAAGGAGAUGGGAGACAAGAUUGGCAUGAUGGCGCGAGGGCCGAAUGACGACGUUAACGACCUGAAGAACGAUCCCCACUCUGACGCCGCUGCCGCUAUGGUUGGUAUGGCUGGUCAAGGCGUUGAAUAUUCAAUGGGCAAGACGAAUGGUUUCGAUGACCUUCAUGCUAGCCCGGAAAAUGCUCUUCAGAUGUCGAACGAGCUUACGCAUUUGUUUGAGAUGGCGGGCAACUUUGGCAACUUCAACGGAGGUACACCUGGGCAGGGCGACUUCGGUACUCCUUUCAGCGGGAGGGAUGAUGGUGCUUUUGACUACGGCAAUGCACCAUUCGGUAAUGAGCCGGAGUUCAGCAAGAUUCUCAGUGAGUUGCUAUAG